AUGGCCAAUCUUGUCCAAGCUCAUGCCAUCGUUGCUCCCGCCGGCCAGCUGGAUGCUCGCACCCAUCCGUCUCCCACCUGUGACCCAAGCCAGACCGUGACCCAGACGAAGACCACGACUGUCACCUCGUGGACGGCCCUGCUGACCAUCACCCUCGGCGGGCCUGGCAUCAAGACGGUCACAGAGACCACCACGACCACGGCCACAGCCUCUCCCACGUUCACGCUGCCCAGCUGUCCAACCCCGUGCCCGCCUCCUCCGUCGUGCAACAACCUCGGCUUCGACUGGGCCUACUACAACAGCUCGGCCCGCAACGCCGACACGACGUACUCGUCCUUCCACCCAGACUCCUUCAAGAAUACGGCCCCCGUCUACGUCGGCACCACCUCCUACGUGGGCGGCCUCUACGGCCAGAGCUCCACCGAGACGACGGGCCCCAUCUACGACUCCAGCCGGGUUUCCUUUGCCCUCGACUACUUCGCCCUCAACCACCACGCCUACAUCUACGCCUGCGAGGGCGGCACCUACACCGUCGACGUGCCCUAUGCCAACGAUGCCGUCUACCUGUGGACCGGCGCAAAGGCCUACUCCGGCUGGACCGACGCCAACGCCGACGCAAAGGCGCUGUACGACCAGCCGGACCACGUCGCCGGCCGCUCGAGCUUCCGCUUCAACGUCCCGGCGGACACGUACGUGCCCGUGCGCUUCUUCUACGGCCAGGCGCAGUACGGGGGUGGCUUUUCUUUCAACGUGACUGCGCCGAGCGGGCAGGUGAUUGUGAGCGAUCGGGAGACGUUUAGUCCGUACGUGGUGCGGUAUUCGUGUGAUGGGACGACGGCGCCUGCGUUUCCGGCUUUUGGGAGGGAGACUUGA